AUGGAUCUGGCACGAACGAACAGCUCGUAUUCCAAUACUGCAAGUAGUGACACUGCUAGCAUCAGCAGCCCCAACAGAUCUAGCCAGAAGGCAGAACAGUUGAUUCAGCAAUUCUACUCAAAGACUGCUCAAUGUAUUGUGCAAGCACGCUGGACUCAUCCUCCACCACACUCUCAAUCCACCUCCAGAUCAAGAAAGAGUACACGAGUAGGAGAACUAUCUGGUUCAACUACUUCUAUCGGACCCGACUCUGCUCGCAAAAGUAACAAGUGGUUCAACUUGGAAAUUGACGAGCUGGACGCACUUCGGGACGAACUCAAGUACUGGAGAGUCAAUGCCAUCCCGGCUUCAUCAUCACUUAAUGUGUCGUCGGCAAACUCGACAGCAGUGUCAUCGCCACCCCUGAUAAUAGAUCUGUUUCUGGACUUGUCAAAUCUAGGCCCAGCACAAGCAGUGACCAUUCGUGACGAAAUGUCUCGCAGACGACGGAUACCGCCUGAACAGCUUGUAUCUAUUGAUUCGAAUGGACGAAGUGUCAGAAAACGGACGAUAUUGCUCGAAACAUGGCAAUUGAGUCUCACGGGUCCCGUUCCGUCGCAACCACCUGAGCUUGCUACUGUAUAUAAGAAGGCAGUCAUGUAUUUUAGAUCAUUGUAUAGUUUUAUUAGGUUGAUGCCAAGUUAUCGGCUGUUUAGACGGUUGAAGAGAAGUACGAAUGGAGGUCUGGGGAUUGGAUAUCGCUUGUCAUCAAGGAGGACUAUGCCGGAGGAUGAAGCGGGUCUAGACCAAUUACACAGUACAUCAGAUAUGCGGAUGGGCAUUGCAGAGUAUAGCUUCGGCACUGUGGAUACUGCAUUUGGGGUAUUUUCUCUGCAUGUCAUGUACCGUCUAGAAUGUGACUUUUCAGCUGAUGACUCAGAGGCAUUGCUCUCCUCUCGGUUGGGGGACUUUGAUGAAAAUUACUUUUCGCCAAGGUCACUCGACUCUGCAAGAGAUAGACGAAUCUCUGAGUCAAGUCGCAGCAGGAGAGAUGUAUUAGUAGAAAGAAGAGUACCCGAACCAGAAGUCUCUAAUCUGAGUCAGUCUCCAGUCUUUGGUAGUUUACCAGCAUCCCGUUCCAACAAUCGUUGGACUACUGAUACUGCUACGUCUCCUCGUGGUACCGUCAAUCCGAUCAGCCAUAGUAUAAAUACAACAACAAGCUCUUAUCUACCACCGCAUCUGCGACACAAUAAUAGUAGUAGCAGUAGUCAUGGAUCACCAUCUCAUCAUCCACACUUUGCUUCUAGAUCAGGAUCACCAUCUCCCGCUUCCGAAGUAUUCAAAGUCGGUACUCAAACGAAUGCUCCCCUAGCGUCGUAUUAUCGUAGAUCAGGAGUUGGAAAUCAGUCUCGACGCACGUCAAUGCAAUCAUCAGACAUGACAUAUCCUCCCUUCAUGCCUUUCACUCCUCAUUCCGUAGGUUCUCUCAUGGCGGGUGAUCAGGAUGUUAUGACGAUGAGAGAACCAAAUAUGUACUUUGAUGGUAUAGAUCCUCCACCAUUUUCCACAACUCACUCACCCAGUAUAGAAGAAGGAGCAGAAGAAGAGGGUGGUCAUUCAAACACAUCUGGUAGAAAUGAUUCUAUGGACGGUAGUAAAAGCUCAGAUCAGAUAAAUAGAAGUCCUACACACGCAGAAACAGGUGGUGGUGAAGUCAUGUUUGGAUUGGAAGGAGGUGGUGUCUUUGGUCCGCCAUUCGAUCUAGCAUAUGGUGCUAGUGGUAGUGGUAGUAGUGGCCAUAGUCGUGAGAGGAAGCCAAUAUCCUCGUCAUCAUCGUAUUCUCAAUCGCCAUCUCGAUCUUCUCAGGCUCCAAUGGUCCGUAGACCCUCAGUAGUAUUUCCAACAUCCUCGGCAGUGGCCAUACGACAUUCUCCGUCAUCGUCUUCGUCGACGCCAGCUGAUAUAACUCUGCCAACACUAUUUACACCAGGAUCCUCAUUUGCAAUGCAUCCUGGUCUUUGGGGGUCGUCUCUGACGUCAGCAUCGCCGCCACCACUUGUAAUUAUGGAGCAUGAAUCUGCUCGUGUAUAUGGAGAGCAACGAAGUGCUGCUGGUAGUUUUCCUCAUAGUAGCAUCAAUAAUGAAGUUGAUGAAGGCUCUAGGAGCGUUAGUGCUAGCUAUAGUACCGGUGCUAGAUCAAACAAGCUCACGAAUGCCUUGGCUCGAUUCCAACAGCUACGAGAUGUGAAUGCAUCAUUCUCUGCUUCAUUGAAUCAUCUAUCUGCCUCAACCAUGGGUCUACCUCCUCCUCCAUCAGCUUCAGAUGGACAAGAUGGACUGACUAGAUCCGAAACCAGUAUGCCAUAUGCAAUGCCAUUCGUAGAAUAUGCAGGUGCAAGCAAUAGCAGAGAAUCACCACCAGAACAACAGCAAUAUGCUCAAAAUAACAACAAUUUUGGUGGUUUACGGUAUCGAAUGACGCCAUCUCGAUCAUCCGAGUUAUUUGAAAAUCAGGUGCUAGAGGAAGAACCAGGUGAUAUCUUUCCUAUGGAGUCUCAUGAUGCUGAGCCUCAGCCGUCUAGUAAAAUACAGCCACCAUUGUCGUCCAAUGGUCGUAGCGGCAUUCAAGGAUCUGAGCCUGUUCCUCGAUUAGGACAUACACCUUCUAGUAGACAGGCUUAUUGGCAGCAACAACAGCAGAAUAUGGUGCCGAACUACCGUCAAACUGCCAUAAACAACACCACAAAUAGUGCGGUAUCGAUGAGAAAUAGCUUGAAUGGUGGGCUGCUACCUCCAUUUGGACCACUACCAGGAUUUGAAGAGGUGUCGAAUAGUGGUUCCAACAAUGCAGGUAGUGGCAAUAGUGAUGAAAUGCUUUUCAACAUGUCUGAGCUAGAUAUCGGACGAUCCCAGUAA